AGGAACCGGUGUUAAAUAUUACUUUUUAAUCGUAUGCAUAUGUGGGCACGUGCACAGAAUUUAAAAAACGAUGAGUGAAAUUUAUCUUUAACGUUAACGUGCCGGAUGACUCACAUAGAGCACUUUUAUUUGAUGACGGGAUUCAGCUGAUUACAGCUUGUAAACUAAAUGAGUAACGCAAGAUGACAUGUCAUUGUAAAUUACUGAUAUUAUAUAUAUUAUAUUAUAUAUAUCAUAUAUUAGUUGUAGAUUGCACCUUUUGAAAUCCAGUACCUGUUGACAGAUUUAUUAUGAUAGCGAAGUCAUUAAAAACCACUGACUUAUACUUAGUGUAUGUAUAUUAGGGUCUAAUGGGUAUAGAAUUUAGCUUAAUGCAUCGUAAAGAAUAAUAGACGUAAUGCGUAUCUUGCAGCUGGUUUGAUAUCUUUAGGUCAAAGUGAUGAUACUGUUUAAAUUAUUAGGUUAAAAAAUUAUAUUCAAACCAUCAGUACGAUUGCUAGUGUUAUAUUAUACUGCUUUAAUUUAUUUUUCCCCUCACUUUUGUCUUCUCAAUCAUGUAUUUGUGGACAGCUAUGCUGCCUGUAGUGGUAGUGCAUGGAGGUGCUGGUCAUAUUCCCAAAGAAAGAGCUGAACUCUCUACUAUUGGUGUAAAGGAGGCAGCCAGGACUGGGUAUGCCAUCCUCCAGAAGGGUGGAAGUGCCAUGGAUGCUGUGGUUGAAGCAGUUGCCCUGAUGGAGAACAACCCAGGAUUCAAUGCAGGUCAGGGCUCAGUGCUAAAUGUGAAGGGGGAGGUGGAGAUGGAUGCAAUGGUAAUGGACGGCAGGACUCUAGAUAGUGGGGCUGUUUCAGCGGUCAGAAGAAUUGCUAACCCAGUGCAACUGGCCAGGCUUGUCAUGGAGAAGACCAAACACUUGUGUCUGACAGCUGAAGGGGCCUCUAAGUUUGCCAGAAGCAUGGGUGUACCGGAAGUGCCUGAGGAGUCAUUGAUCACAGACUAUGCCAAGAUGCGCUGGAAGAAGAACCUGCAGCCAGAUGCCAACCCUGUGGAAUGCCAAAUGGGCAAGAUGGGAACAGUCGGUGCAGUAGCUGUGGACAAAGACGGGAACAUUGCUUGUGCCACAUCCACUGGUGGAAUGAUAAAUAAAAUGGAGGGUCGUGUGGGAGACACGCCGUGUGUUGGAUGUGGGGGUUAUGCAGAUAACAAUAUUGGGGCUGUCUCACCCACAGGCCAUGGGGAAGCCAUCAUGAAGGUCACGCUGUCUAGACUCGUUCUCUUCCACAUGGAGCAAGGCAAGACCCCAGAGGAAGCUAGUGACCUAGCUCUCACGUAUAUGAAGGAGCGGGUGGAUGGUCUUGGCGGGGUGGUGGUGGUAGAUCCAAAAGGGACCUGGACAGCUUGGUUCAACAGUUUACAGAUGUCAUGGGCCGCUGCCCAGCAGGGCGAACUCCACUAUGGGCUGUACCGUGGCGAACACUUUGUUGAGCCUGUACAAGAGAAGAUAUAAUGACCAUACAUAUAUGCACAGUCAUAGGCACAUUUUAGUUUAUUAAAUUUUUACAGUCAGUAUUUAAUACAAAGGGAAAUGUGCAUACAUGCAAAUCAGUGUUUGUCUGAAUACAUACAUACCACAUGGCAGUAAUUGAGCAUUAUUAUGCAUUUUGAAGUUGAUCUUAUCUACAGUAAUAGACUGAUUGACAAAAGAACUAUUAUAACAUUCCUUUUUGAGGUCAGUGCAACUGUCCUUAGUGGUAAUACUGUAUUUUCUCCACUAGAUGGAGGUAAAAUUAUGUUUUUGGAAUCAAGUGAAUUUAAUUUGUUGUAAGGUGCAGUGCACAUUUAAAGGGCUAGUUCACCCCAAAAUGCUAAUUCUGUCAUCAUUUGUUCCAAACCUGUUAGAGUUUCUUUCUUUUGUUUAGCACAAAAGAAGAUAUUUUGAAGAAUGUUGGUAACAGUUGAUGGUAGCCAUAGGUUUCCAUAGUUUGAGGUUAACUUGUUGACAGAAUUGUCAUAUUUGGAUGAACUAUCCCUUUAACAAUAAUUACAAAAUUGUAAAAUAAACGUUAUACAGCUUUGAUAUGACUGUGAAUAUAAUACUAAAGCAGUAGAGAUAAAAAUGCUGGUCAUGUACAGUAAAAGGCACCCAUGAACCUACAGUAAGUCAGAAUAUCUUGGCAGACUUACCAGACUGGUUUUAUAACUGAUUUUGAAGAACAGAAAUCACGAUUCAUUCCUGAAGUAGUUCAGCGUAUCAUUUCCUUCCGAAAGAGAAAGCAGCUUAUUAAGUCACACGUUAUUUUUACCCGAUAGAUCAUGUUGACAUUUGGACAAACAAUGCAGCAGUUUUAUAAUGGUCUAUAUUCUGUGACAACGUUUGUGCCAGAAAAAAAAACUCUGUAACAUGUUUUAAGUGUGUUGGUGUCAUCACACCAUUAAGACUGAUUAUGAUGGCUGAACUUCUGUUGGAAGGUGAAAAUGUGCAGAAAAAAAGACUUUUGUUGUUGUGGAUCACUUAUGUGCUAUUUUAAAUUAACUGAUACUGAUAACAUCAGCUCUGUUGUUUUCAUCUACAGUAUAGUGAGGUGACGUGGCCUUCAAAUCUUAAUGCCCUGACCCUCAUGAUAGUUUAAGUACACAAGCUUCUGCUUAUUGUGUCAACACACAGGCCAGCUUGCAAGUUCCAACUGUGAAUUGUCUGUAUAAUGAUCAACAACCCAAAAACCAGUUUUUCUGCCCUCGGUGGUCAGUUUGUGUUCAAAAUAUUCCACACGGGAGCAUGCAAAACAGCAUCAGCUUUUGUCCUCUCAAAGACACAACCAACAAGUCAUGACCUCUCUGUCCUUUUGUGUCUUAUUUCAUCCUUAAAUAUGCAGGAGCACACUUACAAAUGACAAUAAUACACUUACAAAUUCUAUUUUAAAAAUAAUAAAAAAAAUCAAAUUAUAUUUAAAAAGUAGAAUAUCCCAUGAAAAUACAGAAAAAAAGAUUAGCAUUUACCUCAAGGUCAGUAACCUUUGCGUGGCAUGUUACUUUUAGAUAAAGAUGGUGAGUUGAUGCCACAAUUUUUAUACCACUUUAUAAUCACUUUACCUAUAUAUUUGCAGGGACCCCCUUUUCAAUAUUUUGUAUUUUGUUAUUUUGAUAAUAAAUUGGUUUCACUUACUCACUGUCCCUCA